AUGGGUGCAGAUCCACCGAAGCACACUCAACGCCCCGAGAAACCUCCCCCAUCUCGUCACGUUCACUUCCAGAGUGACGGUUACGAGUCGACCACAGCUUCUGAAUCGUUCAGCCCACCUCCUCGCCCCAUCCCCAAACACCGAGUAUUACCUGUCGAGGCGAAGGCAAAGACUGGCGAGGACGCACCUGCCGCCACUGACAAGACCUCAACGUCGCGCCCAGAAGAGACCAACACUCAGCCCACCAACUUCCCUGCGCUCGGAGCUGCACCUGGUGGUCAAGAGCAGGCAGUACCCGCAGGUCCCUGGCACACCUCCGCCCAACCUCAAUUUAGCCUUGCCCACUCCCACCCUGCCUUUCCUGGAGGCGCGCCCUACCAGUUCUACCAUCAGCAACCCUAUCUCGCCAACAUGGCAGCCUUUCCGAUUGCUGGCCCGUUCGCCAAAGGUGUAAACUUCCAGCCUCCCGUGCCAGACACGACUUACGGCCCCAUGACCCAUGUCUAUAUCCCACGAUUCGACAAUGGUCUUGGUCCCCAUCCGACGCCUGGGCAGCCGAUGCCUCAGUCCGCGCCCUAUGGCAUAAUACCCCCUGGCGCGGUCCCUCAUCAUGUUUGUUACCCCGUGCAUUACAUUCCUAGCACUAUCGCACUGAUGACUGCCGCACCUCUGGCGAGCGUGUCCGGCCCAGCCUUGGGCAGGUCGUUCUACCUCGACGGGUACAUGUAUCACUACAAUGCAAGUCGCCAGUCGCUGUCUGCAUUUCGGCCCUUGAAGUGUCAAGUGGCGUCUUCUUUCCUCCUCAAUCUUUCGCUCUCUUUCUCUCUCCCUCAGGCUCCUCCCGGCGCUUUCUUAGCUCAGCAACCCGGCUUCGUCGCCAACCCAACGGCCGCCUACAUGCCCCAGCCCGCGAUGUUUGGCGCCGGCCAGCCCGGCCACACCGGCCCCGGCAACCAGCCCGCACCAAGCGGGGGUUUCAACGGUCCGGGAGGUCCUCCUGCCUUCCUCGCAGGCAACACUGGACCAUAUCCCGACGUUUCUGGUCUAGGUCGCACGGGGGUCGAGGAGCAGGCCCGUCAACUCCAGUUUGCGCACGGCAACAGGGUCUUUGAACAGCAGGAGUUCAAGCCGUCGGACGACGACCCCAGUCGUUUCUACUACGUACGCGAGUUGGACGGUAACUGGACCCAGCGCAGCCGCUUUUGCAUCGAUCAAAUGGGUGAUUGCCGUUGGUUUGUCACUGAUGAGGGCUGGUUCUACGCCUCGCGUCUACCUAGUUGGGGUGUCAAGACAGUCAACGGCUAG